GAAUCAUUGGAAUCAUGAAAAACGUAGAUCCGUACGAGUUAGAGAGCUAUAUCGUGAAAUACGACUGGAAGCUUUUUCAAUUUAAGGUCUCCAUUGAAAGAUUUUCUUUCACUGGUGCCAGCAACAUUGUCAUCAGAAAUCUCCACAACAAUGUUCUUUUUGGAACAUUCGGCUUUGAUUUACUUGUUCCAGAGCUCAAUGCGAAUCUAGCUAACUCUGCAAUUGCUGUUACUGUUGGGGAUAAUUCUGUAGAAAGUGAAUUAAAGGGCAGCAUAUCGAUUAAAAACAUUCGCCUAGUUGGUCAGGUUCACUACAGAGGUUCAAUUAUUAUCGGCGUCGAGAUAGUUGGCAUCUCCUUGCAGAACAGCAUUGAUGCUAUUGAGGCUGACCUCAGUAUAGUCCGUAAUGGAAUUGAUAUCUCCGAACCUAUCAAUGUCUUCUUAAACGACACUCUUCCCAACACUCUCGCCAACUUCAGGAGCGAAAUCAACGCGAUACUUGCUGAAAUUAUCAUGGCUAUCAUCAGACGCUUAACUUAUUAAGAAUAAUUUUG